AUGUCAAUCCCACAAAUUCUUGAUCUUCUUCCUCUGCCUUACUCAGAGACCGGUGUAUUUGAGUCGGACUUUAAUCCUGUGGCCGCUCAAUCGCCAUUGAAUUCCCUUCAUACCUUCAAUGAAGCAUUGAACAUUGCGACCCCAACUUCUGCCGCCGCUUGGGACUUAUCCGUACCUCAGUUCAACGAAACCGGGUUCGUCCAAGAGGCUUCUAUCCACCAUCUUCUUUACCGUCGUAGCCAUGGAGAGACUGUUGUUGAAGGUGAUCAGCGUGUCAGAGUCGACGAAGCUGAUUAUGCGCCGGGUGGGCGUUUCGAAGCUAUUUGCAAGCUUUUUCUUCAGUACAGCAACACCAAGGAGGAUACAUAUGCUACCGCCACCGGCUGGUUGAUUUCCGCUGAUACCAUCGUUACGGCCGGACAUUCCGCCUACGACUGGACCUACGGCCAAGGUCAUCUAGUCAAAGUCAAAGUCUUUAUCAGGUACGCUGGUAAAGAGAGUGUUAGCAAUGGUACCUCUGAAUUGCGAUAUGGAAAAUAUGUUACUCUCCCCACAGAGUACUUGAAAGGACCCCGCGAUCAGUACGAUGUUGCUUUCAUUAAAUUGAAUGCACCAUUCGAAAAUGUUCAACCUCUUGAGUAUGCGGAAACUCCUAGAAAUGGUAGUGAGGUCCUUGGUAUCGUUGGAUAUCCGACGGAUCUUGAAUCCGGAGAGUAUAUGUACGAGGACUGCCAAACGGUUGAUUACGAUCUUGCGCGGAAUAAUAUGACGCUUUCUUAUGCGCUUGAUCCCGCUGGUGGAAACUCUGGUAGCCCGGUUAUUCAACGAGAUACAGGUGCAUCCAUCGGUGUUCAUAUCGUCGGUGGCCCUCACAAUCACGCAUCCGCUAUCGGAAAGUCAGGAAAUUCCUUCCCAGAUUUCCUUCAAGCCUUGGAGCUUAAGGAGACUCAUGACUUAACUGUCGAAGAUGUAAACGGCGACUACGGCCAACAAAAUCUUCCCAGUGUACACAUUCCAGGAUUCGUCCUUACUCAAAUUAACACACCGGCACCUUCCGCAUUGACUCCAGAACCAUACAUUCCUCGACCUUUGACACCACUCAGCGUCCCCGUGGAAGAGAAGAUCUGGGAAUUGACUGUCCUGCCUGAAACCUUCGGAGUUGCAGAAGCCGGAAAAACUCGACCGGGUGAUCACUUACCCCUUGAUCAUGCUCUGCCUAAGAUUGACGACCAAUUGGCUGCUCAAACUAUCUUUUUCGCCAAUAUCAAGCCCGGUCAACUGGAACCAGAAAUCCAACAAACACUUGAGAAAAUUCAGAAGGAUAUCUGGGACUACCAAUGCUGGCUCACCAGUUCUGCCUCAAACACAGUCCAGUCAAAGAUCAACUCUGGAGCAUUGAAGACCGACGUCGAAAUCCGAAACUAUCGCGCCAAAGUCAUGGACUUCAUUCUCAAGACCAAAUCCACUUGGGUUGCCAAUACCCAAUCCGAGGUUUAUGAAAGGUCGCUUGAUGUCGCAAAUGUCGGGUACAUCGGAUUCCACGAAGAACUCCUCCGCGGAGCACUAGAAGGUGUGAGUGUACCAACAACUGCCGUCCCAGAAUUCGAACAGAUUCUACAACGCCUUGUUGAAAAUUUGAGGGUUAAAGAAGAGACUUCUUAUGAAUCGCAGCAGUACUGGAUUAUGAUUACUGUUUUUACAUACAUUCCUGAAAUUGGGACGAUCCAAGCUACUAUCAAAACACUCGCUUUCUCGAUUUCGAGAGAUGCGUAUAAAUUCAUUGAUCGCAAGAGCUCUCUUGAGAGCGUCAAGAUCAAGAUGACCUUCGACUGUGCACAGUACGAAUUCAACGAUAAUAUUUGGUCUGCGAUCAAGGGAGUUCUUAGCGAGGAGAUGCUCAAGAAGGGAGAGCAAGAUCUUAGAGCACUGACCCUUCAGCCACUUGAUAUUCCUAUCUAG